GUUAUCAUGGUCUGAAAUAUGGUCCAAGGCGCGCUAUUUAGUUUCCCUCUUCCCUUGCUGACUCUCAAUUGAUCGCCUACUUCAGCCAAAGCCAGCAAUAAUUCACCAUGAAGCAGCAACAGUUCAUCUUGGCAGCCCUCCCGCUAGUCAGUGCGGAGGGGGCCCACGUCGUCAGCCUGAAAACCGAUUCCGAUGCGCCACGGCCCGCAAGAUCGUUUGUAAGCUUUUCGAUCGAGUUCUCGUCGUUCCCCGACUUUGCAGGCAACAAGUCCAUGCCCAACACCUUUUCUUACAACCUGCUCAACAACAUUGGCGCCAUCAGCGGCGAAAAGCCGUACAUCCGAGUCGGUGGCAACACGCAAGACUACGCCCUAUACAAUGCCUCGCUGCAGACUGGCAUCAAUGGCACCUACGACUUGCACAACUCGGCAGAUUACCCCACUAACAUUUACAUUGGUCCGUCCUUCUUUGAAAGUUAUCAGACAUGGCCCGGUGUACGCUUCUCGCACGGCUUCAACAUGGCCAAGGGCGGCGCGGCAAUGAAUGCCGAAGGUUGGCAGACACUGCUGGACACGGCGCCGCUCGCUUGCAAGGCUCUUGGCAAGGACGGCUACUAUGCCUGGGAAUAUGGCAACGAGCCCAACAACUUUGCCCUGUCGCGACAUACGUCUCGCCCCAAGGACUGGGGGCCAAAGAACUUUACCUACGAGUGGCUCAACGGAACAAAGGCCAUUUCGCAAGAGAUGAAGAAGCAUUGCCCGGAUAUGGCGCGGGAGUUUAGGCAGUAUAUGGCGCCGUCCUACGACGACCGUGUUACGGAGCUGAAUGCGACAGACGUCUGGGACUAUGGCCUGGAUCGAUGCAACAAUGUAAACUGGUACUCUGUACACAACUACAUUGACGGUGCAACGUCUCCAGGUGUGACACUCCAGCACACCCUUAUGAACCAUACACGCACUAUCCAGGACGUCGACGAGCAGGUAGAGGAGUACAAUCGCAUCAUGGCCACAGGCCACGGACGCGCGCCGCUCAUCUUCGGUGAGACCAACUCGCUCUACUUCCAGGGCAAGCCUGGCCUGUCCAAUUCGUUUGGUGCAGCGCUCUGGGGCGUCGACUUUAAUCUCUACUCGGCAUCAGCUGGGUUUGCGCGGGUGCACAUGCACCAGGGUACGAAUUACAGGGUGAGUGUAUAA